UAUUACUAUUUAUUUAUGCAGUUUAACAUAUGUUCAAUAAUAUUAUUAUAUAUUCUUGUACAAAUUUAAUUAUACUAAGGAUUGUUUCUCUACUUGUCUAUUAGAUACAAAUACGAGUACAUUCAAAGAUGAAAUUGUUAUGGUGAAAGACUUUAGCUGUGAUAGGGUUCUUACCAAAGAGGAGAAAAAACUUAAGGCCAUUGAGGACAAGUUUGUUUAUUUUGAUGAUAUUGAAGAUGAAGAGUGUCCUACUUUAGUGGAGGAUCGUGGACACAGAAGUAUUUCCGAGCUGGGUACCAUUGUAGACAUUUUCGAUGCCAAAUAUUUGGCCGAUACUAAAAAUGGCAGACCUAUGCCCGGUGUGCCCGUUUUGGAUUUCAAAACGGAUCGUCCCUUGGUUGAUAUGCUAACCAAAUGUGCAAAGUUGGCAAUAGAUGAUUACAAUUUAAAGAUGAAGACAAACUACCGAUUUGUCGAUUUUGAGAUGGCUGUUUGGCAACUGGUUAAUGGAGUCUUUUACCAUAUUACCUUUAGAGCCAGGAAUGCUGAGAAGGAAUGUCAAACUUUUCAAGCCACAUUGUUUGCUAAUAGAUUGAUGAGAGAGGUUGUGGAAUUCAGAAUGAAAGGGAGCAAUACUUGGUAUGAUGGCACUCUCAGCGAGCUCAUAGAUUAGGUUUUGGAUCUCGUGCAAUCCAAUCCUCUUGUCUUUUAUUUUAUC